AUGCCUACUCAAGACAGAGCCUCGACGGAUGCUUCUUACGACACCCCGACAAAACGGCCCGAUGAUGGGGUUCCAGCUGAAGGCGACAUUGGAUUGACGCAGCCAACGGAAGUGAAGGGUCUGGAUUCGGAUUUCAAACAGUGGUCGACUAAGCUGGGGAUUAGCUGUUCUAUCGAGUUGAAUGGUAUCACCCCUACGACUGUGGAAGAAAGAACCGAACCUCGAAUGUAUCAGCUUUUCACUGUGUGGUUCUCUGCGAUACUCAAUGUUGCGGGGAUUGCUACUGGAGCAUUGGGUCCUCAAGUAUUUGGUCUAGGGUUCAUCAAUUGUUGUAUUAUUAUCGUCGUGGCCGACCUGAUUUCCUGCUUAGUUCCCGGGUACAUGUAA